AUGGUCACAAAUACGCUGCUCGAAAGCGACGUUCGACCUCGAAAACGAACACGUACAGAUGAAAUAACAGCUAAAGAUGCAAAAACUCAGAAGUAUCGUCUCUUUGCUCCCUUCCGGGCACUUGGUCUAGUCACGAACCAUAUUCCGUUCGUGCUACAAGCACGUUCGUUUAAAGGCGCAACUGAAGGCCCGAGGAUAAAUAUUGUGACGUGCUUGGGUCGGUCAUGGGCUAUGUGGGAGGGUGGAAAGAUGACGCUGCUCUUUAUCGGACCGGAUUGUGAGCUGCCGAUUGCAUGUCUUGCUAUGAAUGGUGAUGCUGUCUGGGCUUCAACGGGACCACAUAUCAUUAAAUAUUUAAGAGGAAAGGAGGUCGGGCGAUUGACAAACCCGCUAGAAUCGAACCUCUCUUCCAUCUAUCCCUUCGGUGACCAAAUGCUAUCCCUCUCGGAGGAUGGCUCAACCUUGCUUAUUUGGGACUGUACAAAUAUGGAACUGGCAAGUUCAAUCCAAUUCGAGAAUGGAUUCACUGCAACAAUUAUCCUUCAUCCUGCGACCUAUCUAAACAAGGUCCUCGUCGCGAGUAAAGAGGGUGAUAUGCAAUUAUGGAAUAUAAAGACACAGACAUGCAUUCAUAAAUUUGAAGGAAACCGUUUACGCGACAGUACCGAUCCCAGCGCUGUAACUGCUCUCGUUCAGUCGCCUGCCAUCGAUGUUGUUGCUAUUGGAUUUUCGUCAGGAGAGGUCUCAUUAUACGAUAUCAGAGCAGAUGAACGACUCAUGCGAAUCUACAUGGAUGAUAGUCCUAUUCGAAGCCUGUCAUUCAGGAGCGAUGGUCAGGCGGUGCUCGCAAGUGCGUCGUCGAAGGGACACAUUGCUCUGUGGGAUCUCAAUAACGGAGGGCGAUUACUCCAUGUUAUCCGUGGAGCGCAUGAUCGCGCCGUGACGGCGAUCGAAUGGGUCCCAGGUCAGCCGGUCUUGGUGAGUUCCGGCGAGGACAACAGUGUAAAGCAAUGGUUCUUUGAAUCGCCUUCCGCUCCCCCGCGACUCUUGAAAUUUCGUUCGGGACACCACGAACCACCGCAUUUAAUACGGUUCUAUGGAGAUGACGGAAAACAGCUUUUAACUGCAUCUAGGGACCGAAGUCUGCGAUGCACGUCCGUCGUACGAGAUUCUCGGAGCUUUGAACUAUCUCAAGGCUCGUUAUCCAAAAAGGCGACUGCACUCUCGAUACCUGUCGCAAACAUGAAGUUUCCUCCUAUCACUCAACUAGCUUACUCAACCACACGGUCAAAGGACUGGGACGACGUGCUAACUGCACAUAAGCAAGAAUCCGUAGCUCGUACUUGGACUGUUCGGGAUAAGAAACUCGGAAAGUGGGUCUUCAAUCUUAACGAUGCGAUUGCGACGAAGGGAAAGAAGAAGGUUUCUGCAGGUGCUGUUUGCGCGGUUUGCGUUUCUGCGUGUGGUAACUUUGGAAUUGCUGGCACGUCGACCGGUGCAAUUCUCAUGUACAAUAUGCAAUCUGGUAUUCGGCGAAAAGGUUAUAAGCUAGGUCUUCGUCCUCCAGAAGUCGCUUCUCGCUUGAAAGAUUCAGCGACCCAGCGAUUAGUCAAUGGCCUGGCUUCUGACGCGCUUAACAAACUAGUAAUUGCGAGUACGUCCGACGGGACGGUCAAUUUCUUUGAUUUUCAUACCGAAGCGCUGCUGCAUACACUUGUGUUAUCGAGUACUUGCUCGUCAAUUCUGUUACAACGAGAUAGUGGACUACUGGCGGUCAUUUGUGAUGAUCUGGUCGUUCGUCUUGUCGAUAUCGAGACCCGACGGAUCGUUCGUGAAUUCACUGGCUUUACAGGGAACAUACUAGACGUAACAUUCUCUCCUGAUUCGAGAUGGAUGAUUACGACUUCUCUCGAUUCUGUCAUCCGUACUUUUGAUAUACCAUCUGGUCGUCUUAUAGACGCUUUCCGAACUGCUAGUCUCGCAACGAGCGUGUCGUUCUCACCUACAGGCGACUUCCUUGCUACUGCCCAUGUAGACAGUGUCGGCGUAUAUCUCUGGGCGAAUAGAGCGCAAUUCACGGAUGUGUCGCUACAUGGCGUGGUUGAAGUAGAUGGCGCUGAGAUUGCUUUGCCUUCAUUACAAGGCACGGCAGAAGAUGAAGCUCUGGAUGCACUGCAAUCGUUGACCGUGGAAGAGCCGAAAGAUGUUUAUUCAACACCAUCGCAACUCGGCGGCGACCUUAUCACACUUACCUUGCUACCUCGUUCUCGAUGGCAGACAUUGCUCAACUUGGAAGUUAUCCAGCAACGGAAUAAACCAAAAGAACCACCCAAGCCUCCUGAAAAGGCGCCAUUCUUCCUGCCUACAUUGCCUGGUGUAGAACAUCGCUUCGCAGUGACACAGAAGGAUAACGCGCAAGAGCAACAAAAGAAUAGCAAAAAGCUAGAGGCUGGUGCAUCUCGGGCCGAUAGCAAAUUCUAUCGAAAGCUGGUUUCCGAGGAUCCAGAAGGAGAUUACGAGGACUUCUUCGUAUAUCUAAAAACACUGACACCAGCCGGACUAGACCUCGAACUACGUGCCUUAGGAUCCUCGCUUGAAGGGUUGAGUACACUGGUCGGCGCACUACGACAACGCCUACGAUCCCAUCGCGACUUUGAAGCUGUACAGGCAGUCAUAGGCGCGCUUCUCCGCUUGCAUGGAGAAGUCUUUGUCGCGAAUCCUGAAUUGUGUAAUGCGCUGGAGCAGUUGCGAGAGGCACAGACGCAUGAAAGCAGGCGUGUACUGGAGAUGAUCACGGCGAGCCUGGGCACGUUGAGUUUUGUACGGGAUGUAUUAUAGCCGUGGCUUAAAUAGCUUGUCUAUAACAUAUAUCUUGCUGU